GACGAGGAAUGCAGGCCAUAAAAAUAGAGAAGGUUUAUUUGAGGAAGAUAUUUUUGUGGAAGAAAAUAAUUUGAGGAACAUCUCUCAGGCUACCGAAAAGAGAUCAAAUACCCCAAGAAAGGACGAUCGAGCAUCCGCAGCAGAAGCUCGGGAGGGAAUACCAAUGGCGGAAGCAAGAACCAUUGGGUCUCUCCCGGUGGCUAACGUGCAGGCGCUUGCAGCGACUUGCAACGGGCUUGAUGAACAGGUACCGGAGAGGUACCUCCGCACGGAGGCUAGUUCCGACGAGAUCAUCGCCGGCGAUGACAGUGGUUCGGCAAUUCCGAUCAUCGAUCUCGACAAGUUGCUGGACCCACAGUCAUUGGAAGCGGAGUGCGUGAAGCUGGGAUCUGCCUGUCAGAACUGGGGCAUCUUUCAGCUCGUCAACCAUGGAGUGCCAGAUGAAGUGACUAGAAACCUGAUGAGUGACAUAGCUGAGUUCUUCAAGCUGCCACUUGAAGCCAAGAAGGAAUGCUCACAACAACCUGGCAGUCUUGAAGGCUAUGGCCAAGCAUUUGUUGUGUCCGAGGACCAGAAGCUGGACUGGGCAGACAUGCUGUACCUUCAGGUUCAGCCGAGUGCGUCGCGGGACUUUCGGUUCUGGCCUACUCACCCUGCAUCCUUCAGGCAUUCCGUAAAUGUAUACUCCUCGGAGGCUGCGAAGCUAACGUGUCGCUUGCUGGAGUUCAUGGCUAAGGGCGUGGGCGUGGAGCCGGCGACGCUGCGAGGCGUGUUUGAAGGACAGGGACAGCCUCAGGGCAUGAGAGUGAACUACUACCCGCCGUGCCAGGAUGCUGACCGGGUGCUGGGCCUGUCGCCGCACACCGACCCAGGUGGCCUGACGCUGCUGCUGCAGAUGAACAACGACGUCCAGGGCCUGCAGGUCAAGAAGGACGGCAAGUGGUUCGCCGUGGUCGCUCUCGAUGACGCCAUCAUCGUCAACGUCGGCGAUGUGCUCGAGAUCUUGAGUAAUGGGAAGUUCAGAAGUGUUGAGCAUAGGGCCGUGAUACACCCAAACAAAGAGCGGAUUUCUGUGGCAAUGUUCCACUAUCCUUGCCAGAAUCUGAUGCUUGGCCCUCUGCCGGAGUUCGUGAAAGGCGACAAAAUGCGGUACAGAUCGACGAGUUACCAGGAUUUCUUUAUGCAAUAUUUGGCAGCAAAGCUUGAUGGAAGGGACCACCUAGAGAGACUGAUGCUGGAGUAGUAGCUUAUCUAUGGUUGGAGGGAGGUGAGCAACCCUCUUCUAUGCCGUGUCCUACCGAUUAUAUUCCUUUUCAUAUCAGUCUGUAAUACGUUAUCUUGUCUGUGAUAAUGACUCAACAACUCAUGAUUGUAUGGAUGAUGUUGUUAUAGUAUUCUAAUAGUCACGUAAUUUCCGUUA